AUGUUUUUUAAAAUAUUUAUACUAAUAAUUUUAAUUAAUUUUAUAAGUGUUUGCAAAUCAUUUUAUAGUGUAACAACGAAUGAAUUUAAAGUUUCAGACCUUUCAGAUUAUUAUAAUGGAGGACCUAGUGAUUAUUAUUCAACUGGAUCUCAAGCUUAUUGUUCAAAAUUUUUUUUUGCUUUAGUUGAACCAUUAACAAAUAUUUUACCAAAACAAGCAAUCAAUGGAGUCAAUUAUGCAAAUGGUUCAAGUGAUUCAAGAGUAUUUCAAUUAUAUUUAGUUUCUAAUUCAUUAGGUACAACUUAUUAUAAUAUUAUUAUUCAAGAUUAUAAUUCAAACAAUUAUACAAUACAACAAUUUUUUAAAUUAGAAUGUACUUUACCACCAGAUCCAAUUAUAACAAAUGUAACAAAUAAUCAAUUAUACAAAUAUCCAUUUAGAGGUUUAUAUUAUACUUUGGUAAAAUUUGAAAAUUUGGAGAAACCAUUUAAAGUUAAUUAUAUGGAUUUUGUUUAUCAAAAAUAUUCAAAUGGUUUUCAACCAUAUUCAUUUUCUGGUGCAAUUGAUAAAUUUUUUGUCUCAAAAUUUUUAAUUUCUCCAACUUCUGUUUUUUCAAAUGAUAAUAUUAUUGUAAACAAUUCAUAUAGUUCAUUUUCUUCAAAAUUUAAUGAUUAUAUUUUAAAACCUUAUUUUACAAAGAAUACAUCUUUUGCUGGUAAUAUAAUUGUUUCAAAUUUUAAUAAAUAUCCAAGUGAUUGUACAGUUUUACCAUAUGGACAAUGCGUAGUUUUAAUAGAUUUAAUAAUGAAUUCUACAAAUUAUUAUUUAUUAUCAAAUAAUACUAAUUUGGGAAAUCCACAAUUAGUUUCAGGUACUGAAUUAAGUGGUAAAUACUAUUUAUCGAUUCCUCCAAGAUUUGGAUCAUCAGGAGGUGUUUCAAUUGGUUCUUUUGAAAAUGGAUUAUAUACAAGGUAUAUUUUAAACUUUCCAGUAGCUUAUACUUAUCCUCCAGCUCCAGCAAUAGUUAAUUCUGUUUUUACAUUACAAACUCUAGAUGGCAAAACAGUUCAAUUUGGUGGUCAACUAAAUAAUUCUUUCCCAUAUUUUGGUGAUUUAUAUUUUUCAAAUAAAAAAGGUGGACCAAAUAGACCAAAUACAAAAGCACCAUCUUGCUAUCCUUAUCUUGGUGGUACAAAAGAUAAAUUAAUGUUUUCCUUAAUCUUACCAAUAUCAAGUUAUUCAAGAUCAGUUUCACCCUAUAUGGCAAUCUCUUAUACGUUUAUGAAUUUAGUUGGUACAAAUUUUAAUUUGGUGACACAAAUAACACCAACUUUAACUGGUGAUACAACACCUCCAGUAAUUGAAAAUUUUGAAAUCUUUGAAAAUCCUUCAAAUCCUGAUGAAGUUAUAAUUAGAAUGGAUAUUACCGAUCAAGUUAGUGGUGUUCGUUAUGUUGAAAUUUCGUGUGGUUUUGGUUCAUUACAAACCUAUAUUUACAGAGGUGAUUCCACAGAUUUAGUUGAAGGUACUAUUUUUAGUGGUGUUUAUCAAUUUUCAAUACCAAAAUACUAUACACGUGACCGUAUUUCCAUGUAUAUAGUUGAUAAUGCUAUCAAUGUUCUUUACCUUUCAACUUAUUCAGUAUAUAAGGGAUUAAAAAGAGUUGAACCUUUCCCAUAUCCAGUAAUAACACUUUUAGAUAUUGGUAAUGUUUACUUUGAAAAGAAUGAUUUAGAUCUAUCAAAUAAUGGUGCUGAUAAUAUUCUAUAUAUUCAAUUAAAGAAUAAUACUAUAAAGAAUCUAUCAUUCUCUUUGGUACCAUUUUUUAAUAUUGAAGAUAAAACACCAGAUUUAACUAUUGCAAAUGAAGAUUAUUUCUAUGGCAACCGUAAAAAUUAUCAAAGUAAAUGGAAUGAAACUUUACAAUUGUAUCAAAUUGAAUUCACAAUUCCAGCUCGUUUACCAACUGGUGUGCUAUCAUAUAAUAUAAAUCCAGUUGAAAAUUUAAAUAGUGCGGUAUUAUACUCAAUGUUUGGUACAAAUAGUGAAUUAAGAGUAAAAAGUAAUGAUUGUGAUAUAAUGGGACCAAUUGUUAGCUCUUUUCAAGUGACUCCAAGUUCAACAGUCACCAUUCCAAUUUCACCAACUCAAUCUACAAUGAUUGGUUUUAACUUUUUAAUUGAGGAUCAUUUAAAUGGUAUCAAUAGUGUUUAUAUCACAAUUGCUUCAAAUCUUGAUUUAGUUGGUUAUGAAUUUAAAUUUGAAAAUAUUACAGGUACUCCAUUACAAUAUUCUGUUGAUGCAAAAUUCCCAAUUCAUUCAUAUGAUAAACCACAAACAUAUACCAUUUCAAAUUUUAAAACAAUUGAUGGCCAAGGUUUCGUUGCAGAGUAUCCAAAUUUGGUAAAAGUUAAUCCAUUGUUUAAAUUUAUAAAUAGUGGUCAAAUAUCAAUUUCAACCAUCAAUGAUGUGAUUGGAAAUUAUAUUCAAGAUACCACACCACCACUUUUAACAAGUUGGAAUGUUUCAAAACAAACAGUACAAGAUUUGGAUAAUAUCUUGUUAUUUGAUUUCACAAUUGAAGAUUUAGAAUCUGGUGUUUCAAUUGUAAAUAAUCCAUCAGUUAUAAUAGUUUGUGAUAAUAGUUUACUAAUUGAAGGUAAAUCAGAGAUUAUUUCAACAGUUCCAAAUAGCAACAAUCAAUACAUUAAUAAAUCCAUAACUUAUAGAGCUAAAAUUACAGUACCAUUUUUAUUUGGUUAUCCAAAUGGUAUCUCUUUAGGAUUAUACGGUAUUUAUGAUAAUCAUCGUAAUUUAAAUGGUUUUGAUGCAAAGAAAUUAAAUUCAUUAGGUUUUCAAUUUUUUGUAAAUGCUCCAUAUGGUCAAAGUAAUUCAAUCAUUACUUCAUUAUUCUAUAAUAGUGAUGGUUUUAUUAUUAUUGAAGGUUUGAAAUUUGGUAUUAAUCCAAAAGUUAAAUUAAUUAAUACUCUAUCAGGUGAAACUGUUAUAAAAGCAAUCCCAACUCCAUACAUUAAUAAAACCAUUAUCUAUUUAGAUGCAAUCGAAUUUAGAAGUUCUUCACUUUCAAAUGGUUUUAGAGUAUAUGUAUCAAAUAAUGGUGUAGAUUUUUCAAAUGAUUUAUUUGUUACCUUACCUGUAAUUCCAACUGAAUCACCAACACAAACUCAAACACCAACACAAACUCAAACACCAACACAAACUCAAACACAAACACCAACACAAACUCAAACACAAACACAAACACCAACACCAACACAAACUCAAACACCAUUACCAACAAAUACACCAUCACCGUGCAAAGGUAAUCCAAUUUGUGGUGGUAAUGAUCAAGGUAAAUGUACAAAAUUAGGAUGUGUUUGUAUAUUACCUUAUUUUGGUGAUGAUUGUUCAUCAAAGGUUAUUAUUGACAUUAAGCCAACAGUUAAUGAAACCCAACCACAAGUUACUAUACCAUAUGAGCAAAUUAAUACAAAAGCAAAGGUAUCAAGUUUAGUUUCAGUCUAUUCUCUAAGAGAAAUUGAUUUUAAUGGUAAAAUAAAAAAUGAAUACCUUCUCGGGGAAUGGGAUUAUGAAGUUCUCUCUGAUAAUGAAUUUAAAUAUUCAACUGAAAUCAUUAAUAAAAACAAUGCAUCAAGUAGUACUAGCAUCAUUGCAAUUAUUAAAAAAUUUGAAACUACAACUGAUAUAGUUUUUGCAAAUGAAAAGAUAACGAUGCUACCAUCAACAAUGAAAUAUUAUAUCAACAUUUCAAAUUAUCAAUUCAUUAAUGAAUUACAUAAUUUAAAUUUAGUUAUGUACACAUCGAUAUCAACAUCCCAAACUGAUGACGUUUGUUCAGCUAGUAGUUUUGGUGAUUCAUCAUCACAAUUGUCAUCUCAAUAUAUAAAGAUUCAAAUCAAUGACGUCAGUCUCUAUGGUGAAUUCAUUAAACGUGCUAUAGUUGAUGGUAGAAUCAUUGGGGUUUCCAAUAGAAAACUAGAUGAGGAAUUAUCAUUAAAUACUGGUAAUAAUGCACACACUUUUAUUGCUAUUGAAAUUCCAAAUUAUAAAGAUUCAAUUGAAUUGGAUCCAAACUUUAGUGUACUAUUAGAAUCAAAUUCACCAACUGAUAAUUCAAUUUGCAAUAGCAAUAAUUCUGGUUUAUCUAAAACCCAAUUAAUUGGUAUCAUUAUUGGUUCAGUUUUCUUUGCUGUUGUUAUUGCAAUUGGUGUUACUUAUUUAGUUUUUAGAAAUUCAACUUCACUUCGUAUUAAAGCAAGAUCUUUUAAAUUAAAACCAUUUAAAAAAUAA